UUUUUCUAAUAACGUUCCUUAAUCCCUUUAGCGAAGCGCAGGGUAGCAAACCGGAAGGGCAUCUAGAUUACCUUUUUGCCUUUUCUUGCUCAUAUUUCCAUCUCCUCUCCUAACGACGUGACAAAGCUUACUGCGUUUGGCUUGAUCGAUUGAAAAGUUGCCACGGACAUCCCUCGCGCGUUCGCAAUACCGAUGAGGUUUAUACGGUCCAAAUUUUGGCGCCCAACGUUGACGUCAGCGUCUGCCACGCGAGCGCGUUCCGAGGGCAGCCGCUCAAAUGGGGGCGCGGCGCGCCGGUCGGCGUCGUGCGCUCUGUUGUCGUCGGCGGGGCCAGCGACCGAGCGUAGCAGCAAGUCGGUGCCGAGUUCGCGGCCCCAGCGGCAGACCGGGUAGGACGUGUGUGUGCGGCGGCGCGGCGCUCCACGCGCUCGGCUGUCUCCUCCGCGCUGAAUCGCUACAGCAGCCGGUCUCCCCGUCGGUGUGCGAGGAUGUGAUGCCGCCGCGUCGGCCGCUCCCUGCGCCGGCCUGGCUCCUCGGCCUGACGUUGGCCGCGGCUGCGACGACGUCGGCGGCCCGGACGACGUCGACGAACACCGCGUGGUGUCCCGUGGCCGAGUGCACGUGCUCGGGGUCGCAGCGGAGCGCCCUGCGCGUCGACUGCUCCUCGCUCGAACUGGCGCGCGUGCCGACGUUGCAGGACGCCUCCAGUAACGGGACUAGCCGGGACACGGCGCAGCUGCAAGUCGUCAGCCUAGAUCUGAGCCGAAACAACUUGACGUCCCUCGACGUGGCUGCUUUCGCCGACUACCCGGGGCUGAGAGAACUGCACCUCGAGCACAAUGGCUUGGAGUGGCUCUCAGACGACGCAUUCAAGGGCGCCGGUGGAAUCACGUUCUUGUCACUGGAGGGCAACAAUUUCACCAAGAUUCCAUGGGACGCCCUCAGAGCACUGCCUGCGCUGGAGACACUGCACCUCAACAGGAACCACCUGACGGAGGUAACCCCGGCGGUGGAGCCAUCCUUCCACAGAAAGCUGCGCAAGGUGUGGCUGGACAGCAACCAGCUGUCGCGAGUGCCCGUCCAGUGCAUUCAGUCCCUCCCCGGACUGGAAGCCUUAGGUUUGGGAGAGAAUCUCAUCAAGGAGCUGAAGCCGCACGCAUUCGGGAAUGCGUCGCGCCUAGAAGUGCUAAUCCUCCGAAAGAAUCAUAUCAGCGACAUCGAUCCUCGCGCAUUUCACGGCUUGCGGUCUUUGCAGGCGAUAGAUCUUAGCCACAACAAGCUGACUCAUCUGCCCAUCGCGCUAUCUUCAUUAACCAUGCUCAAGGAACUCAUUAUAUCGGACAACCAGAUCCGCUUCCUCGCCGAGGACUCCUUUCGAAGCAACGGUGGCCUGACUCUGCUAGAGCUGGCCAACAAUCCGCUGGAGUCUUUUGACAGGAAAACCUUCUCACGGCUACCCUAUCUCAAAAGGCUACUGGUGAAGGAGGCUCGGGCGCUGGAACACUUCCCGGACUUGAAUGGCACCCACUCGCUGGAGCAGAUUCGCCUGAGCAGAGCACGCUUGAGCUCGGUGCCCAACGACCUUUGCCGCGCUGUCCCGAAGCUCAAGAUACUCUACCUCAUGUCCAAUCAUCUCACGCAGGUUCCUAAUUUGACCGACUGCUCAGAGCUCCUCAUCCUGGACCUGACGUACAAUCGCAUCGAAUCGCUCGACGACUCGCCAUUCCUGUCGCUCAAGAAGCUUCGUGAUCUUAACCUUGGCAACAACCUCAUCCGCCGCAUAGGGGACGCUGCUUUCCAUGGGCUUACAUCUCUGCAAGUGCUGGCACUGCAGAAAAAUGGCAUCAGGGAAAUUCAUCCGGACUCAUUUGUUCCCACCGUGAAACUUCAAGAUCUGAACUUGGCGGACAACGCGUUUCCGGCGAUGCCGUACCGCGGCCUGCGCGGCCUGCAUCGCCUCGUGACGUCGGGCAACCGCCACCUGCGCAGCUUCCCGCCGCCAGAGGCAUUUCCCCGCAUCCAGAAGCUGUACCUCUCCUACUCGUACCACUGCUGCGCUUACUUGCAGUCGGUGGGCAGCGGGACGCCCGAGGCACCGGUCGCAAAAGACGCCGUGCUAUGGCUCAAGAAGGACGACAUCGACAUGGACAAGUGGACUAGCCUCAGCAAUGCAUCCUCGUUGGAUGUCUUUCCAGAUAACAUCACGUCAAAGUUCCAAGAGUUUACCCACCAACUCAUCAAGGUCUUCGGCCAGGACUACAUCAUUCCUGACAACCUGGCCCAGUAUUACGGCGAAUACCUAGAGGACUACAAGGCUCUCUAUACAAGCGACGAGGAAUUCCAGUACCCCGUGCAGUGCAUUCCACUACCAACCCCAUUCAUGCCAUGCGAGGACUUAUUCGGCUGGUGGACCCUGCGAUGCGGCGUCUGGGUCGUCUUCCUGCUCGCCAUGCUCGGCAACGGCCUCGUUGUGGUCGUGCUCUCACUCGGCCGAUCCAAGAUGGACGUGCCGAGGUUCCUCGUGUGCAACCUGGCACUCGCUGACUUCUUCAUGGGCAUAUACCUUGGUUUCCUGGCAGUCGUGGACGCUUCAACGCUUGGAGAGUUCCGGGUAUACGGCAUCGGUUGGCAGAUGUCUCCUGGUUGCCAAACAGCCGGAUUCCUUGGCGUGCUCAGCUCCGAGCUCUCAGUGUACACACUAUCAGUCAUCACCAUGGAACGGAAUUACGCCAUCACGCAUGCCAUGCACCUCAACAAGCGGCUUUCGCUCAAACACGCCGGAUACAUCAUGGGCUGCGGCUGGGUCUUCGCUCUCGUCAUGGCGUUGCUUCCACUGCUGGGCGUCAGCGACUACCGGAAGUUCGCCGUGUGCUUACCGUUCGAAACGGAGGAUUCACCCACGUCAUUGGCCUACGUCGUCUUCCUCAUUCUCAUCAACGGCGUCGCCUUCCUCAUCCUCAUGGGCUGCUACUUGAAGAUGUACUGUGCGAUCCGAGGCUCACAGGCGUGGAACUCCAACGACUCUCGAAUCGCUAAGCGCAUGGCGCUGCUCGUCUUCACCGACUUCCUUUGCUGGGCGCCCAUAGCAUUCUUCUCGCUCACUGCGGUGGCCGGGCUACAGCUCGUGUCGCUCGAGGAGGCCAAGGUGUUCACUAUUUUCGUGCUUCCUCUCAACAGCUGCGCUAACCCGUUCCUCUACGCCAUAUUCACAAAGCAGUUCAAACGCGACUGCGUCCUCAUCUGCAAGCGGAUCGAGGAGUCCCGCGUGACGCGGGGCAUCGGCCGCUGCCGCCACAGCUCGAACUUCUCCAACCGGCACACGCUCCUGGGUACCAACUCGGCGGGCGAGCGGCUCACGGACCAGCAGGCGCCCGGACCGCCCUGCCAGUGCGGUCUGGCCAAGGGAACGACGCGGGGGGCGCCCAGUGGCUGGAAGGCGUUCGCGCUUCGCUACCUCCUCUGCCGAGACCCCGACGCCCUCCAGACGGACGUCGACGGCUACAACUACGCGCUGGCACGCAUACAGCGCACGAUGGAACGCGGCGGACAGCGGGCGUCCAGCAUCUCGAGUGAGAACUUCUCGUCGCGCUCGGACAGCUGGCGCCAGGGCAGCAUCCCGCUGCGGCUGCUGGGCGGCCGCGGCGGUGCCUCCUGGGCCGUGGUGGGUCGCAAGCCAUCCCAGGACUCGAGCCUGUCCUGCAGCAGGCCGGACUCUUCGACAUCCACCGUGCGCAUGUCGCGGUCGUCCGUCAGUAGCGACGGGACGGCGCGUGGUCCACCCGUCACCAGGGCGGCCGGUGCCGAACCCAGUCGGCUUCUGAGGGCCUCGACGCGCGACAAGCCGCAAUUGUGCCGGCAGUUGGCCGUGGACGACUCGGCUAGGGCCGGUGCCGCACCGCCGCCCCGCUCGCCGCCGUACGCGCAACGACGGAGGAGCGAUAACCUGUGUCCCGCUUGCUGCCGGAAAGAGGCCUCGCUGCCAUUCAAAAGCAAGGAGUUCGAGGAAAAGUUCAACUGCUUCUACAACCGGCUUGCCGAGACCAGCCACGAGGACAGCAGCGAGCUGUCCAAGGAGGAGCACGUCGUGCUCUCCACCGAUCAGUCGGAGCCGCGCAACUCGGUCAAGGACGACACGACCAACACGUCGCUGCAGAGCGAGUCGGGCCCCAGCGGCGGUGCCCAGCCGGGGACCUCGAAGGCAUCCUGCGACUCGCCGCCGCAGCAGAAAGAACUGCCUUCGGUCUCCGAGGAGCCGAGGAAAAAGAAGCGCGCGCACGGCAGGAAGAAAAUGCACAUCAGCGUGGACGACAUCAGUAGCCAGGGGCGCAAGGCCACUCCGGGAUACUACCAGACGGGCCGCAAAGUUGUCUCCGACAACUCCCUCAAGAAGAUGUCGCUCAAGAACUUGCCCCAGUUCCUGCGUUCGCUGUCUAGUCACAGCCCCAAGGGCAAGUCGGAAACGAAGGAGUGCAAGCUGAAGGUCAGAAGCCAGAGCCACCUGAGGCCCAAGUCUUCCGAGUGCCUGCCUUGCUCGAAGAGCGACACGCGCAUCCACAACCAGGAAGGCAGCUUCCAGGAGUGGAGCCAGCUCGAACCCAUUCCUCACGACGGCAGCGACGCCGACCGCUCGGACUCGAACUCGGAGAACGACGAAGUCUUCAUCGAGUUCAGGGCGAGGACCUCCUGCUGCGAGCUCGGGUCGAGGCAGGAGUGCUCCGCCUUGCUUGCACCGGAAGAGCCGAAAGUCGAAGACGCCGAAAAACCAGUCGAAGACCCACCGGCAGUGACUGUUGCGGAGGGUUCUCCCCUCAUGAGCAGCGCUACCACUGAGACAGAGGAACAUUGAUUGCACACACCUUAAUAUGAUUGGGCACACCCGAUGUGACGAUGUUCGCCACAGUCAUCGGAUACCUCGUCGCGUAGAGCAGGGAAUCGAGCACCAUUCCAUGCAGACAAGACAACUCGAUGUAUAUAUAGCUUUGCGUGCAAUCUGUACGCUCACUUCAUUGGGAUCACAUAUGCAUUCAUAACUCGACACCGGGACACCUCUUAUUUAUUUGUGCUUCGUGUAACACCGUUCAUUGCCCACUUUUUGUGUAAAGGAUUAGGGUAUAGAUUAUUUGACGGCGUGGCUAGAGAUUCGGACAUUCGUGGAGACCACCGGCCUCAUCAAGAAGCCUGCCUUGCUUGGCAUUCGCUAUUGUUUGGCUGAUGCAUUGCAAGUAGUGUUUUUCUUGCCAUAAUUGGUCGUAGCUCAUGCAGCAGUCGGUCGUAAACGCCUUUGUUUUGAGAUAAAUGUUUUAUAUUGAUGUGCCAUGCACUGUCGUAUCGCCUGAAUGCGCGCUGGAACUUGUUUGAUAAAAUCGAAGAUGCCAAGCAAUUCAGCCCGUUAAGAAUUUGAACUAGCUACAUGUUCAACGUAUGAAAAACUCAGGUUGUUUUUACGCAGGUUGUUUUGCGCUGUGGCGUUAGGUGAUCUCUAGCAACGAGAGACUGUCGGGAUGUUUCGCAACGACGUAAUGUAAUGGCAAAUCAAUUGUCCGUAACGACGUGAUAAGAGCUGCUUGCUAUGAAAUGAUGGUGCUGAACGUUUUGCAGUAUUGAAAUGGAACUCGUUUUUAGUGCUGCCGCACUGAAUGACCGCUUUUGUCUGGGUAACAUGACUGCCGCGGGUGUACAGGGGUUCGCUUGGUUUUAUACAUGUAUAAAUACUUUUCCAUGGCCAAAAUUGCGUUCGAACCAUAUACAGCAGGAAAUGUGUUGUCAUGAUUUAUUAUGACGUAAUGCUUCGUCUGGGGUUCACAGCAUGUCGGUGCACUGUAUCUUCGUCAUCUAGCUUCUCGACACCGCUGUAAUACGCACUAUUUGAGCACGCUCUAUCGCCGGGAAUAUGGCGCGGCAGAGUAAACGGUUUCUUUUACGAAGGAAACAGUCCACUGUGUGCUUUGCGUCACUGUUCUCGUAGACGUCUUUGCCGUCAAGAACGUUGACUGAUGGAGUGUCAACAAGCCUGGCAACGUCUUUGUAUUAGGUUUAUCUUGAAUUAAGUAACCCGAUUGUAUUCGGAAGUCAUCAUCACUGCGAUGUCUAAUUAAUCAGCAUGCUCGCAUAUCCCUCGUCAAGUUCCCGUAGAAGCGUAAAACUGAAUCAGUGUUAAGCCUUGAGCCUACCCGUUUGGUUUAGCAUAAUCAUAAUAAGCGUGGGCGCUAUGAGGCGGCUGCUCGCGCUUGAUUCAGCAAACACGCGCAUUUGAGAAGUAAGCAGCUGGACAUCAUUUGCUCACUGUAGCGGUUGGAAGGAUGCCAGAAAAACAGUUCAGAUAAUGUACAGGAAACCGUCAUUACCCCCUUGCCGAGAAAAGCCCCUGCUUUUUGGCCCUCUCUUUUAAGCGUUUCGAAAUGACAGUUAUGUCUGUCAAUUAGUUUGCGAGGCUUUUCGAGUAAUCAGUGAAUCACUCACGCUUCGCAAGCCAGAGGUCUGUCGUCAGCUGAAUUUCCAGGUCUACCAUUCCUGACGAGGAUCUGGCGCUGCUUCAUCUCCAAUUAAUGGUAAUGAAUGCCAAGCUCAUGUUCAUUCCUUAUUGUCCUACUUGACGUCGAAGAAGACACAGGUUUACAGAAAGGAGGAGGCUAGAAGUGGUUAAAAAUAGUCAGACAAUGUGUCCGCAACCAACAUUUCGACAACUUCGUUUUGACAAUCCUCCUUGAGGAAACCAAUGUUCACUCUCUGGUGCCAGGGAGCUUAACUUUCCAUCACUAUUACACAUUUCAAGUUUUACUGACAUAAACUUUAUUAAAGUUUAACGUGUGUUGUUCCGAUUGGAAAGGUGUAUGUCUUUCGUCUUUGGUGUUUUCGCAUUUCUAGCUGAGUGUGCAGGCACCACUUGUCCAUUGCGACGGACAUUCUUUUCAUGUUGCCAAGUUACAGAAAGCACGGGGCGUUGCCAACUGGUCUACAGCACUUUUAGCCUCCUUGAGCAGUCUCUCGAUACCUGUUACUAAGUGCUGCUAGAUUCCUACAUCAUUCGGAUUAGUUUUCAAGAAUCCCAAAAUUCUACUGAUGUGUCUGAGAUGUGCACUUAUACUUAUGACGAACUUUACACUGGCUUCCGCUCCACUUAUUUUUGUUCCUCAUUAGAUGCGUCCCAUUUGUCACAGCCGUGCUAAUUUAGAGAGCGCUACAACCAAAACUAACAUGCGCAGUACAUUCAUGUAUCCAUGUAUCUGGAGGCGCCUAGAUUCUUUUUCGGGCGUCGCAGGCGUUGAAAGUCUGAUGGUGCAUUCACUAAGGUGCCGUCUCGCUGUUGGCGAGGUUUGAGGUUUUCGGUAAUGCUUAUGUUAACACGUCAUCGCAAAUCUAUUGCCAUUGGCUCGUUGACAUGGUAACGUUGGUUUCAUGCGAGCGCAUGAAAAGAAAUAGAGUUAUUUAAACUUUUGUAAAAAGGCCUUUUAGUGUGGUGAUUCCCAGUCGAAAUGUAUGUGCUAAUUUUCUACUGAAAUUUUGAGCGCUUUUAUUUGGUCUUUUCCCUUUGAGCCCAGCAGACUGCUAUACACAGUAUAGUUGCUUAAAUGAUGGAACAUUGAACUAAAGCGCAGAAAUAUGAGUAGACUUGGUUAAAAUUGAAGCAGUAGCUAAGGUUUGAGCACCUAAGCACCAAAUACGUAUUAGUUCUGGACUAAACACGGCAAUUUUAUGGUUGCGGAGUGCCUGGCGUAGAGGCUUGCCUACCGAACAAAACAGACCGGUGGUAUAGUUUGUAUACGGCAUAUUUCGAGAUUCAGCGCCAAGAAACAAUGCAGGACGACAGAAGACUCGAAAGCACAGCGUGCGCAGACAAGUACUGGGAAUGUAAUACGUAUUUACAAGCCAUUAUUAUUUUUAUUUUUUUGCGGGAAGUACUCUUGCUUCGACAAAGUCUGCAUCUAUGAAGCUAUGUACUCGUGUCAUCUGUCGUCCUGUGUCGUUGCUCUGUGCUAAACAUCAGGUUCGUUCAUUAUUCUUGAAUAAUGGCGCACAAGGCUUUGCUGUGAAAUUACGUCGCUUCCACAGUAUGACACUGCGUAAGUCUAGCAGUAGGUAUAACGUACCGUGAAAGUCUUGGAGUUCAUGUUUACCGGGCGAGCCUGCUAGGGGAUUUGUUUCUCGAGAUGGAGUGAGUCUGUGGCUAACUCAGAAUGAACGUCUUGCAAGAACACUCAACAAAUAUAAAUUUAGCACUACGAGGCAACCACUUCCUCGAUGGUUUCUUUUCUUCCUCAGUUGAUCUCUAGGAAAGUGGCCAGCAUAUUGAAAUAAUUAUCAUUGCUCGCAUUUUAACGUCUGCGACUGAUGACAAAUAUAUGCGAGCACUCCGUACAGGUGGGUAACCAACGACGCUGAAACGUGCGGCCCCUGUGUUUAUCACGAGCUGGGGUCCAUCAAAGUGUCUUGGGUUGUAGCUUUUGAUUUAUCUAUCACCACAUUUAAGAGAUGCGUGCUUCAAAUUUUGCGUUUGAUGACGUUAGCUUAAAUUAUAUUAAUAACACAUAAAUGAAUACACGUUUAGCGAUUCUCGCUGCGUCGGGUAUCAUCCCGAGCUUUAUGUGCUGACAAAACCCGGAAAGAAACUAGUCGAAGUUAACGGGUAAUUCCAUAAGCUUCUGGCCUGACAUCUAAAAUUCGGCGAGAUUUCAGAACGGUCAACUUAACGGGGUGUUUUAGGGUAAACGGUUUGUCCUGGUUUCACCUUUAUAUCUCAGAAAGUCUUCCAUAUUUCGUUGUGAAAUUUCGCGUGCUCAAUAAGAAGGCUUGUGGCCUUCACUCUGUUUAAUUUCGACCCUGUAGUUUUUCUUACUUUUUUUCUGGUCGAGUUCCAAGUUUUAGACUGGUGUCAAAAAUUAAAUGCACCAUUUCUCAAGAACUAAAAAAAGUAUAACAGUGAAAUUUGGCAGGGUUAUUUCACAUGCUAUUGGCAUCAUUCCCUACCUAUAAGAACGGGCUGUAAAUUUUGCUACGUUGUGGGAAGAUAUACAAUCAAAACGUAUGAAAACGGUAGGAAGUGAAGACAUUCAGCCGAUCUAGCCAUAGGUAUUAUAAGAAAUACAUACACGCGGAAACAAUGAUGGAAAAGAUCCCGCGCAUCCGUCAGGAGGCGCGGUCUUCGGAGCCAUUUUUAAAUGGCUUGAAGCACUCCUACGCACUCGCCAAAACACGGCUUUCCUCCUCAGUGGGUGUAUUCUUCCUAAUAAUGAAAUAAAAAAUAUUGUUUUUUUUUCGUUGAUCUACCCCACAAAUACCCCCUUAAGCACAUAGUGCCAUCUAUUAGGAUAUCCUGCGUACGAGUUUAAAAUUUGCGCCCGUGUUUACAUGAACUGCGUGAUGCAAUAAAUGAGAAAAGGCGAGGGGUCUCCCAUCAUGACAUCCACCUGCUGAAUGACAACGCUGCAGUGGCCUUUCAAGCCACUAUAACAAGGCUCUAGUUCUAGUUGACACGUUGAGCGUUGCGAAGGCUGGAGCGAAAAACCGUAGUUUCGAGGAGGAGGUCGAUACCCACACUACCGCACAGACCCGGCACCCAUUGCCUACUACGUUUUCUCAAAGGUGAAGAAACAUCUACGAGACAAAAAAAAAAAACGAUUGCUGAUAAUGAUGUGAAGAGUUCAAUCCGCGGACAAUUUGAAGACAAAAAGUCUAGCUUACUUUUUGAAGUCAUGCAUGCUAGCUCAGAGUUGUGAAAAAUGCGUUGAGGUGAAGGAAGAUUAUAUUGUAAAGUCACACAACUGUUUCAUCUUUAUCGCCAUUAAAAGAUUGUUUAGGCUUGAAGCUUUUGGAAUUACCUGUAGCUCUAGGUGCCAUGCAAAUCUACGGAAAUACGAACAGUUCGCACCACAUCUCUUUCCUUGUUCAAUGUAGUGAUAUGUUGGGAAACAAGGCAAACCAGCAGAGAAGUUCUACAAUAUAAACUGGGAAACGCUGGCGGCUUCUACACCCAUUUCGUCGCGUGAAGCUAGCAUGAGCACUACAGUCAAAUCAGUCAAAGUAUAUGCGAUGUAGUGUACAAAGAACCAUGUUCCUCAGCUCGCUGAAUCACGCUGCUGUGACGUUUAUGUGUAGUGUUUCAAAAACCUAGCAUUUUACAUCUAAGCAGGACGUAUACAGUGAGCGAAUGAUGACACUUCAUUUCAACGAUGACCCUUAUCAUUAUAAGAGACUUACAAUUAUGGCACUGUAUACGAAAUUCGUUACCUUUCGUGCGUUAUCCACACAGUAUUAGAUAUUUGCAUUGUUUUGUUUUUCGUGAAGGCGGAUUUUAUCACCUCUCAUUUCAAACACUGCCUACGCAUGGGUGUCACUGGAUUUUUAUUCAUUUUUAUGGGAGGGGGGAGGAGGCAUCACUUUUGUGAUUUUUUUCAGGAUAUGUUCGCGGCGAGAUUGAUCUUGCUUUCCUUGUCGGAUGUAUAUACUGCAACUGCACUGUUGUUGCGGUGACGUCCACAUUGACGUCACCGCAGCUGUUUGACUGACGGUCGCUAUUUGUACAUUACCUGAUCCACUUACACAUACAUAUACCGAAUUUGUCGGCGCAGAAGGUGCGUCUGAGCGAAUGCUUGCUCAGUUGAUUGUCAGUGAGCAAAAAUGACAAAGCUUCUCCGUUUAUCUGUCUCGGCAAUUAUACCUGGGAGCUACACAGGAGGCGAGCACAUCAUCAGUUAAUCUGUACGACUCUACAUUGCAAAUGAAUUCAGGCUGUCUCUCUGUCUGUUGUGGAACGAAGAUCGCGACGCUAGCAAGGCUUUCGGUCCUGUGGUCUAUACUUGACAAUGAAACGUGUGUGUUGGACUGUGAUAUAACGCGCGAGCAUAUUGCCAUUAUACACUCUUGUAUUAUACGAACACUGCGUAUUCAGUGCCAUUUUGAUGUGCUUAGAUGUUUUGAGCAUACAGACCCACUUGUAAUAUAUACAAACGAAAUAAACGUCUUUUUUUUUCUUGCUCUGCAAAAA